CACUCUCCCAAGGACGUACUCUGCUGCGCGUAGAGUAUGGUUGCGGUAGCGACUGCUUAGUGAUUGUGUCGGUGAACUGCAAUAUAUCUUAAAGUGGUGAAACUCAAGUUAAGUGUGUGAGAGACACAAUGGUGCUCGGACUUGCGGCGAAUGUUAGUGCUUCCUCUGGCGGCAGCGUAGGUGGUUCGGGCGGGCCUGUGGUGCCCACGCCGCUGGUCGCGCUGCCUUCCCUCUCCUUCACCGCCGCCCAAGUGGCCGCCGUCUGCGAGACUCUGGAGGAGAGCGGCGACAUGGAGCGCCUGGGGCGGUUCCUGUGGUCGCUGCCGGUGGCGCACCCGCACCUGCACGACCUCAACAAGCACGAGGCCGUGCUGCGCGCGCGCGCGCUCGUCGCCUUCCACGUGGGCAACUUCAGGGAGCUUUACGCCAUCCUGGAGUCGCAGCGGUUCUCGAAGCCGUCGCACGCCCGCCUGCAGGCGCUGUGGCUGGAGGCACACUACCAGGAGGCCGAGCGCCUGCGGGGCCGCCCUCUGGGCCCCGUCGACAAGUACCGCGUCCGCAAGAAGUUCCCCUUCCCGAGGACCAUCUGGGACGGCGAGCAGAAGACGCACUGCUUCAAGGAGCGCACGAGAUCCCUCCUGCGGGAGUGGUAUCUGCAGGACCCUUACCCGAACCCGAGCAAAAAGCGCGAGCUGGCCUCCGCCACCGGCCUCACGCCCACGCAAGUCGGAAACUGGUUCAAGAAUCGACGACAGCGCGACAGAGCCGCCGCCGCUAAAAACAGGAUGAUGCAAGGUCAGCAGGGCGCGGGCGGGGCUUCCAGGGCCUCAGAGUCACGUGAUGCCCACCAUGAUGACGAUGACGACGACCUCAUUAACCCAGGGUCACCCACGCCCCUCGAUGACUCCGAUGACGAGGACCUGUCGCUUGGUACUCACUCCCCCCCACCUGUGUCCGAGAGCCCCCUCCCCACCACGACCCCGAGCGAAGGGGGGGUCGUGUCCCCCACCUCCAACACCACGUCCCCCCACCCGGCGUCGGUGUCCCCCCACCCGGCCAGCCUGUCCCCCCACCCCUCGUCGAUAUCCCCCCACCCGUCGGCCUCCCCCCCUCAGAGCUCCCCCCUCCCCCUCAUCAAGACGGACGUGUCGCCGAUCUCCGACAUCCUGCACACGACCACGACGACCACCACGUCCCCCUCCGACGUGUCCAAGUCGUACCUGGUGCCCCCGAUGUCGUCCCUGCCCCUCAUGACCUCCCUGGCCACGUCCCUGGCCUCGCCCCUCUGCAAGGUACCCAUCAUCAUGUCAAAGGAACGCCUCUCCGCUUCUUAA